CCACACAUCAACCUCUUAAGUUAAAUAAAAACAUUAUUUAUAAAGGAAAAAUCUAAAACCACCUAACAUUUUAUAGCUUUCCGUCCACUAAUUUGCAGGCCUUUCCUUCUUUGAUGAGCAAUGGCAGAAGCAACAGCAAGGUAUGCAGUUGUGACAGGAGCAAACAAGGGAAUUGGAUUUGCAAUAUGCAAGCAAUUGUCUUCUAAUGGUAUCACUGUGGUGCUGACAGCAAGAGAUGAGAAAAGGGGCCUUGAAGCUGUUGAGAAACUCAAAGGGCUUGGUCAUGUGGUUUUUCAUCAACUUGAUGUCACUGAUCCUGCAAGUAUAGGAUCAUUUGCAAAUUUCAUCCAGACCCACUUUGGAAAACUUGAUAUCUUGGUUAACAACGCUGGGGCCUCAGGAGCACAUGUGGAUGGUGAGGCUUUGGCUGCUGCAAAUAUUGUGGAAAACGGUGGCCAAAUUGAUUGGAGAAAAAUAGUUACUGAAAACUAUGAAUUAACUGAAGCAUGUCUUAAAACAAACUACUAUGGAGUCAAGGAAUUGACCAAAGCACUAAUUCCCCUUCUCCAGAUUUCAGGCUCACCCAAAAUUGUCAAUGUUUCUUCAUCCAUGGGAAGGCUUGAGAAUAUACCAGAUGGAAGGCCUAAACAAGUGAUAGUUGAUGUUGAAAACCUCACAGAAGAAAAGAUUGAUGAGUUUUUGAAUGAAUAUCUAAAGGAUUUUAAAGAGGGUUCCCUAGAAGCCAAAGGGUGGCCUCAUAUUAUGUCUGCAUAUACAAUCUCAAAAGUUGCUCUGAAUGCCUACACAAGGAUUCUAGCCAAGAAAUACCCUUCAUUCUGCAUCAAUGCUGUUUGCCCUGGUUAUGUCAAAACGGAUAUCAACUACAAUACAGGUCUCCUAACACCUGAUGAAGGUGCUGAAGCUGCUGUCAGGUUGGCACUGCUACCUGAUGGUAGUAGUCCUUCUGGCCUUUUCUUCUAUCGAAGUGAAGAGAAACCAUUUUAAUUUGAUCAAGGAUUAAUUGAGUCUAGGAAACAUAGUCUUUGUUAAAGGAAUAAUGCAUAGUUAUGUUAUACACAGGUUUAGACACUCUUGUGAGUCAUGUUUUAAACCUUUUUCUUAUGUAGUAACGGAUUGUGUGAGCAAUGUUGUUGUUUAUUGUUAAACUUGUUUUGAAUUCAGCUAAAUAAAUGAGUUACACUAGAA